AUGUGCGUGGAGUUCGAGUUGGCCAAAUUGACGGAAGAGCAUUUUAAAUGCCUCAUGUUCGUUUGCGGUCUGAAGUCGGAGUGCGACGCGGAGGUACGCACCAGAUUGUUGACGAAAAUCUCAGACAACAACGAUGUCACCUUGGAAGCACUGAUGGAAGAGUGUCAGCGGUUGAUAAAUUUAAAGAGCGAUACUGCUAUGAUAGAAAGUCCUGGACGUGUUCAGAUCAUCAAGAGGAACUUUCAGCAGCGGAAGCAGUACGGUAAGCGGUUCAGAGAUCGUCCAAAAGAAUCACCAAGAAACGAAGAAGAACGCAAAAGUCCGGCAACUCCUUGCUGGAACUGUGGUGCGAUGCUUUUUUCUAACCACUGCGGUUUCAAGAGUCACAAGUGCGCUGACUGCAAACAGAUCGGCCAUAAAGAGGGCUAUUGCUCAAGCGCAAAGCGGUCUACGAAGGCAUCAAAAUAUCAGCCACGAAGGUUCUCCACCAAAACCGUUAUUGCAUCGGUCAGCAGCGUCGAAUGCAAGCGUCGUUACGUGUGGGUAAAGCUGAACGGUACUCCUGUAAGAUUGCAGCUCGACACAGCGUCUGAUAUUACUAUCGUGUCCGAAAAGGUGUGGAAUCGGAUCGGCCAGCCAGCAGGUGUUCCUGCGAGUCAGACCGCCAAAUCAGCAUCGGGAGAACAACUGGACCUGCAGUGUGAGUUCGUCAGUGACGUCGAAAUCAAUGGUACGACGCAUAGCGGACGCAUCUUCGUUUCUACACAUCCAUUGAAUCUGCUCGGAAUCGAUCUCAUCGACAAGUUCCAGCUUUGGUCAUUACCAAUGGAUAAAUUUUGUAAUUUCGUCGGUGGUUCCAAUGAUAUCGUUUCUCUGCAGAAAGCGUACCCGAAGCUGUUCAGCGAGACGUUGGGGCUUUGCUCCAAAUCUAAAAUUCAACUUUCGCUAAAGGAAGCGUGUAAGCCAGUCUUUCGUCCAAGAAGGCCGGUUUCGUACGCUAUGUUGCCAACUGUGGACAAAGAACUAGACCGACUAGAGUCUCUGCAAAUUAUCUCACCAGUGGACUAUUCAGAGUGGGCGGUUCCAAUAGUCGUUGUGCGAAAGGCCAGUGGUAAUGUUCGCAUAUGUGGCGACUAUUCAACUGGAUUAAACGAUCGGCUCCAGUCACACCAGUAUCCCCUUCCGCUGCCACAAGACGUCAUUUCGAAGCUCUCCAAUUGUACAGUGUUCAGUCAGAUUGAUUUAUCUGAUGCUUUUCUUCAGAUGGAAGUGGAGGAAAGCUGCCGCCAACUACUCACCAUCAACACCCAUCGGGGACUGUAUCAGUACAACAGGCUGCCUCCUGGUGUCAAAGCUGCGCCGUUAGCAUUCCAGCAGCUGAUGGACACGAUGUUGGCAGGUCUUCCAUGUACUGCAGGCUACCUAGACGACGUGGUUGUGGGAGGCAAAGAUACUAACGAACAUCAGCGUAAUUUGCAUGCAGUGCUGCAGCGGAUUGAGGAAUUCGGAUUCACAAUUCGGCCGGAAAAAUGCUCAUUUGGCCAGCAGCAAAUCCGUUACCUGGGUCAUAUCUUAGAUCGUCAUGGGCUUAGACCAGAUCCAGCUGAAAUCCAAGUCAUAAAGGACCUACCGCCACCGCAGGACAUCACGGGAGUACGCUCCUUCCUGGGAGCCAUAAAUUAUUACGGAAAAUUUGUUCCAAACAUGCGGGCUCUCAGGUUUCCGCUAGAUCAGCUCCUGAAGGAUUCAUCAGCAUUUGUGUGGACGCGCGAGUGCCAGCAGGCACGUAGUCCUACGUCAAAAAUUUUGUCGUCAGAGCUGCUUUUAGCACAUUAUGACCCGAAGCAGGAAAUAAUUGUCUCGGCGGACGCAUCUUCCAUCGGCAUUGGGGCAACAAUAAGUCACAAGUAUCCUAAUGGCCACGUUAAAGUGAUUCAACAUGCAUCUCGUGCGCUUACACCGGUUGAACAGCGCUACUCGCAAAUUGACCGGGAAGGAUUGGCAAUAAUUUACGCUGUUACCAAAUUCCACAAAUUUAUCUUUGGGAGACGGUUUCGGCUUCAAACCGACCAUGCACCGCUUCUCAGAAUUUUCGGGUCCAAAAAAGGGAUUCCGAUCUAUACAGCCAAUCGCCUUCAACGGUGGGCAUUAUCGUUGCUCUCCUACGAUUUUUCGAUCAAGUACAUUCAGAGUGACAAGUUCGGCAAUGCUGACGUUUUGUCCCGUCUUAUCGACCAACACACCAAACCGGAUGAGGACGUCAUAAUUGCAUGUACCACUUUGGAAGAAGAUUUGAGGUCAGUAGCAAUCGAUAGUACUAAUCAACUACCUCUCAGUAGUAUGGUUGAAAAAGCAACGGCAUGUGAUCCGUUGCUUCGAAAAGUUCACCGCUUCAUCCGUGAGGGCUGGCCCAAAUCUAGGUCGGAAGUUAAAGAUUGGAAGAUGUCUCGGUUCUUCGAUCGCCAGGAAGCUCUGUCAGUCGUUCAAGGCAGCAUAAUGUUCGGCGACAGACUGGUAAUCCCGACUGCCUUCCGGAGGCGGUGCCUCAACCAACUACACAGGGGCCAUCCAGGCAUACAGCGUAUGAAGGCCAUCUCACGUAGCUUCGUGUACUGGCCGGGACUUGACGAAGAGAUUGUGAGCUUCGUUAAGGGUUGUCAUCACUGCGCAUCUGUAGCACGGUCCCCUCCAAAAGCGGAACCGGAGUCGUGGCAUUCCACAACGGCUCCUUGGCAGCGAGUCCAUGCAGACUAA